AAACCAGCAUGGGCAGCAACAACUCAUCGGGCGCGACCCCUGAAGCUGCGGCAUUUGUUCAGCAAGCGAUUAACACCAACGGUGUUACAAUCUUCAGCAAGACGUAUUGCCCGUACUGUGACAUGGCCAAGAAAACGUUGACGUCGGUUGGGGCGCAGUUUGAAGUGAUUGAGCUGAACAAACGUCCCGAUGGCGAUGCUAUUCAAAGCGUGCUUGAAGAACUGACUGGUCGAGAUACCGUGCCCAACGUUUUCAUCAAGACAACUACCAUCGGAGGUGGCACAGACGUAGCCAAGCUUCAUCGUGACGGCAAAUUGGUCCAAAUGUUGAAGGAAGCUGGUGUACUCGCGUAAUUAACUCCAUCGUGGUGAAAUUCGUCCAGCACACACUCUAAAUGCCUUGUUCUGCCG